AAUUUAGUCACGUGGUCUCUGUUUGACGCUGGUUUCUAGCGUCAAUGAAAACUGCGUUUAAUGAACAAUGGUGACAACUAACUGUGACCCUACAUUUGAAAGACACUUUAAAGGUCACAAAGAUAAAGUUACAGCUUUAUGCUUUAAUCUGAAUACUACUCAACUUGUGUCAAGUAGUCUGGAUAAAACAUUGUUAGUAUGGAAUUUGACAGAAUCAGUACGAGCUUAUAGAUUUAUAGCUCAUAAAGAUGGUGUUUUGGAUGUAUGCUAUGCACCAUCUGGAGAAAUUAUAGCUAGUGCUUCAAAGGAUAGAUCUGUGCGAAUAUGGGUUCCUAAAAUUACAGGGCAAUCACUAGACUUUAAAGCUCACAGUUCUGCUGUGAGAUCGGUACAAUUUAGUCCGGAUGAAGAAAAGUUGCUUACUGGAUCAGAUGAUAAAAGUAUAAAGUUAUGGAUGGUAUGUCAUAGAAGAUUUCUCAUGUCAUUUGGUGGACAUACAAAUUGGGUUCGAUGUGCUAAAUUUUCUCCUGAUGGUAAACUUUUAGUAUCUUGUAGUGAUGAUAAGACAAUAAAAGUAUGGGACAUUAUUUCUGGACAAUGUGUCAAGACUUUUAAUGAAAUAAAAGGACCUGCUACAUAUGUAGAGUUUCAUCCAAGCAGUUCAGCUGUUGGAUCAUCCAAUAUAGAUGCAUGCAUUAAACUAUACGAUUUACGAACAGAUUCUUUAUAUCAGCAUUAUGCUGCUCAUAAAGGGUCUGUAAAUAUGAUCAAGUUUCAUCCAAAGGGUAACUUUAUGUUAACAGCUUCUAAUGAUUCUACAAUAAAGGUUUUAGAUUUAUUAGAGGGUCGACCAAUUUAUACUUUGAAGGGACAUGUUGGUAACAUAACAUCAAUAACAUUCUCACAAGAUGGUGAUUUUUUUGCUUCUGGUGGCACAGAUCGACAGGUCCUAAUAUGGAAAUCUAAUUUCUGCAAAAAUGAUAAACCUAUCAAGAUUCCUAGACAAUUAAUACCUUCUUCCAGCAAAGAGAAAUUUGACAUUAUAGAUGAAAAAUUAUUUACAAACAAUGACAAAGGAAAAGAGUAUCAAAAAGAAUAUUUAUUAAAAACAUUAGAAGAACUGGAUUUAGAAUCAGAUGGAAAUCAUUGUAAUGCACAAUCCAUAGUCAAGAUACCAAGGAAAAAAAUUGAACCUGAAGUAAUCUAUAAAAGAAACAUUAAAUCUCCUGAAAAACAUUAUAUAGCAAAUGUGUUACUUCCACAAGAUCAGGUAUCGGCCUAUGUGCAUUCGUCUAGUCAAUCCAGUAAAACAGUAGAAACACUCUGUAAUCAAGUACAAUCAUUACAUGAUACUGUUAAUAUAUUAGAACAACGCUUGAUGGUAUUAGAAGAAGCAAUUAGAAAAUAAUUUUGAUUUUAAUCGAUUUUGAUACAAUCUAAUUGUACUGUUGCUGCUACUUCAUCAAAUGAGUGAUCAUCAUGAUCACAUUCAGUAACAAAAAUACAAUUGAUUGGCACACAUAAUACAAAAGAAGCAGUAUCUAUAGGAAAUUAGAAUUUAGUUGACUUAGCUGGAUCUGUACAUUUGAAGAAUGAAGAAGCUGUCAGGAUGACAAAAACGAAAAAUAUUAAUAAAUCCUUAGCAAAUCUUGAUAAUUUUAUUUUAGCACUUUUGAAUUGCCAGUCAAAAAAGGCAUAAGCAAAAUGAGUUUAUUUCGAAUUUCUAUAUGAAAUAUGAUCUUCAUCUAACAGUGAUAUAUUUACUAACAUGUAAGUUUUGAAUUGCCUCUCAAAGAAGAUAUAAGCAAAUGAGUCAAUUUUGAAUUUCUAUAUGGAACACGCUCUUGUGAUCAUGUACCAUAUUGAAAUUCUAAAUUGACUCAUUUGCUUAUGCCUUCUCAGGUAGCAAGCUGAUGUCAUUAAACAUCAAAAUGACGUCAUUUUGACAUUUAAUAAUGUCAGCUUGCUACUUAGGUUCUUUGAAAGGCAAUUCGAAAACUGAAUGUUACUAAAUAUAUCACUGUUAGAUGAAUGUUAUAACAAGACAUUAAAAUCAUCGAGAUUUGCCAACAAUGUUAACAAUUGCAAAAUAGGAAAUGUUAAACAAAAUCGCAUGGUUUUACAAAAUAUACAGAACAAUACUAACUAAA